CUCCUCCUCCUCCUCCUCCUCCUCCUCCUCCUCCUCCCUCUCACGUGCCCCCGCGGCCCACACGGGGGGCCUCGCCGGAUCGAAGACGAGGAGAACCGGCGCCGCGCGAGCGGGGAGCCGCCCCUCAGCAUCAGAAGGACGGCAUCUUCCGCAACUUCACGAGGAAGCAGCAGGGGCUGCCGCCGAUAGACAUCACGAAGCAGAUACAGCCGGACGGACAAGGGCAAGGGGGGCAAGGACAAGGGCAAGGGCAAGGGCAAGGGCAAGUGGUGAGGCGGAGACGGCCUGCCGUUCGCUAGCGCUUCUGCUGCAGCUGAAUCGUCUAGUGACUUGCGUUAAUGGUUCUACGUGCGCGCAAAAAGAACAAGCAAUCGAUGGUGUCUUUGUCGUCGUCAACACGGUGGAGGACUUUCACGUUCACGCGGUGAGAGGCUGAUUAUCAGCUUAUCUUCUUGCUCUCAUGUUUUUUUUUCCGCCGUCUUCUCGUCCUCGGCUCGUCGUGAGCCUCCUCAUCGUCGGCCUCAUCUCAUGAACCGUUCUCGCCGUUGUCUUCGUCCUCCUCCUUUUGCUCCAGUGCGGCCUCUCCAUCGAUCUGGC